AUGGCCGCUAAACUAGUUGAUAAGUCACUCCACAAUGUUCCAGGAAAGCUCCGUGUAGCAGAGCUGCUUUUUGACGUUCCGGUCAAUUACAACCGACCAAAUGAAGGUACUUUGAGGCUUUUCGCCCGGAGUGUUCGUCGCCUGGCACCUCCAUUUGAAGCCUCUAAGGACGACAAGCAACUGCCCUGGCUCGUAUACCUACAGGGUGGCCCGGGGUUUGGAUGCCGGCCACCUCAGGAGAAUGGCUGGGUUGGUACCGCCCUUGAUAAGGGAUACCAGGUUCUAUUCUUAGAUCAACGUGGCACUGGCCUCAGCUCCACCAUCACUGCAAGCACCCUUGCCUUGAAGGGCAAUGCGGUCAAACAGGCAGAGUAUCUGAAGAACUUUCGGGCGGAUAACAUUGUCAGGGAUUGUGAAGCCAUUCGUCGAUGCCUUACAGUGGAUUACCCAGAGGACAAACGCAAAUGGAGCAUCAUCGGUCAAAGCUUCGGUGGUUUCUGCGCUGUGACAUAUCUCUCCAUGUUCCCUGAAGGGCUAGCAGAGGCUUUCAUUUGUGGUGGAUUGCCUCCUCUUGUCAAUGAGCCCGACCCAGUCUAUGCACGGACAUACGAAAAGCUGGAGGAGCGUAACAAAGCCUACUACUCCAAGUUCCCUCAAGACGUCGAACGGGUUAAAAAAAUAAUGCAAUAUCUGAAAGCGAAUGAUGUUUCUUGCCCAUCCGGCAAAUUGACCCCAGAACGGUUCCAGCAGUUGGGUCUUAUAUUUGGCAUGCACGGUGGCCUUGAUAGUAUCCACGAGCUUGUCCUGCGUGCCUGGAACGAUUUGGAGAUCUUUGGCUUCCUGACUCACCCCACCCGUGCUUUAAUCGAUGGUGCAGGCGGCUUUGACAGCAAUGUCAUCUAUGCCAUACUUCAUGAAUCUAUUUAUUGUCAAGGGCAAGCUUCAAACUGGUCAGCCGAUAGACUUCGCUCAGCUAACCCGAGCUACAAUAUUGACGCCGAUAGACCAGAAAUCUGGUUUACAGGCGAGAUGGUUUACAAAGACAUGUUCGACUCGUACGCGGAGCUAAACGAAAUCAAGGAAGCUGCGGACAUCCUUGCAACUACAGAAGACUGGCCUGCGCUUUAUGACGAGGUCCAACUGACGAAGAACGAAGUCCCUGUCUAUGCUGCUACAUACGUGGAUGACAUGUAUGUACACUUCAGCCACGCCUCAAAUACGGCUGCGAAGAUCAAGGGCAUCAAACAAUUCAUCACGAACACCAUGUACCAUAAUGCUCUCCGAGCCAGGUCGGAUGAGCUUAUGCAACAGCUUUUUGCCCUGAGGGAAGACACAAUUGACUAGUCACUAGUUCGUAUUCGUUAUC